AUGCGCACGCGUCGCCGGGGCGCGGCCUCCCACCGCGUCUGCAGCCAGCCCCUGCGCCGCCGCAAAGGCAGGGGUGGGCCUCUUGGGGCGCGGGCGGCACAGCAGGCUUCGCCGGCGCUGGAUCCCCCUCCCAGCGGCGUGGAUCGGAUCGCCUGUUUUUCUUUCGGCGUCGAUUGGAGCGGCGGCGCAACAGAGGUAACGGAAGAAUCACCUGUAAACAUUGAUGAAAUUGUAAUGGUCAUUCUGAUGGUUUUUCUGCAUCAAUGGAUUAGAGCGAGCUACUAUGACAUACUGCAAGUGUCGAAAGAUGCAUCAGAGGAGCAAAUCAAGAGGGCGUACCGCAAGCUCGCGCUGAAAUACCACCCUGACAAGAACCCCAACAACGAGGAGGCGGACGCGCGGUUCGCCGAGAUCAACAAUGCCUAUGAGGUCUUGAUGGAGCAGGAGAAGAGAAAGGUCUAUGACUCGUAUGGCGAGGAUGCGUUGAAGCAAUUCCAGAGCGGGCAUAGUGGCGGAGGUGGUCGUGCUAUGAACGUCGAACACGUGUUUGGCAAUUUUUUUGGUGGCGGAGGGAUGGAAAAGGAGGAAGAGAAAAUAAUUAAGGGUGAUGAUGUCAUUGUUGAAUUGGAUGCUUCGCUUGAGGAUUUGUACAUGGGUAGUUCCGUGAAGGUUUGGAGGGAGAAAAAUGUGAUUAAACCAGCUCCUGGCAAGAGGCGAUGCAAAUGUAGGAAUGAAAUUCGCCAACGAGAAAUUGCCCCUGGAACGUUUUUUCAAAUUAGUGAGCAGGUUUGUGAAUCAUGCCCAAAUGUGAAGUACGUAAGAGAAGGUGAUUUCAUUAAUGUUGAUAUAGAAAAGGGAAUGCAAGAUGGACAGGAAAUUUUAUUUUACGAGGAUGGUGAACCUAAGAUUGAUGGAGAACCUGGGGAUUUGAAGUUUAAGAUUCGGACAGCAUGGCAUGAACGCUUCAGAAGAGAAGGCAAUGGUUUACAUGCAACAGCGACAAUUUCACUGCUUGAAGCUCUUGUUGGUUUCAAGAAAAACUUCAACCACCUCGACAACCAUUCGGUGGAAAUCGGGACCGAGGGGAUCACCAAGCCGAAAGAGGUCAGAAAGUUCGAAGGCGAGGGCACGCCACUGUACAAGAGCAACAAGAAAGGAGACCUCUACAUCACAUUCGAUGUAGUCUUCCCUGAAGGCCUAACUGAUGACCAGAAGGCCAAGCUGAGGAAUACCUUCACUUAAACACCCUCAGUUUCGACCCCUAGGCUAACUGCCGAGAGCAAGCCUGAAUGUUAGGGCCUGUUUGGGACUGCUCCACUUCCAGUUUUGCAACUCUGCUCCACCAACUCCACCAUGGCGCAGCUCCACUGCAGAGUUUCCAGAGCAGCUCCAAGUGUUUGGCUAGCAGACCAACUCCAGCUCCAGAAAAUUGAGAUUUUGAUGUGAAAUGACUCUAGUACCCUUUCCUUGAUUACAAU